GAAACCUCCACCACUACCUGCCGUGGUUUGGGGACAAGCCGGUGGUUGCUGUCACCUCGCACUGGGAGGACGCCGGGCACCGCUGGGACAGCCUGAACCUCCUGCGGGCGCUGGGACAGCGGCUGCUCGAGGAGCAGACGCGGCUCUGGGGUCAUUGGGGACCCCGGAAGAUUUUGGGGCUCCCCGCGUUCAGCUCCGGGCCCCCCCCGGGGCAGCUCCGGCCCCCCCCGGGCUGGCGCUGGGCCGGGCCCUGGAGCCUGGAGCGGCCACCGAGGGUGUCGCCGCGCCCCGAGCCCGCGGUGAGCGCGGUGCUGGAGGAGCUCUACGAGAACCAGAGGAGAGAGCCCGGAGGGAGCUGGAGCCCCGCCGGUACCGGCAGCACCGACUCGGACGGACAGGCGGUGCCACCCAAGGAGGAGGUGGCGUGUCCCCAGGGCUGGAGCGUCACCAGCGACUGGCACGUGGACACCGAGGGGGACGUGGAUGAGGACGGGUGGCAGUACGGGCUGGGCACGGACGAUGGCAGCCCCCCGGCACGGUGGCACCGCAAGGGACAGCCCUGUCACAACCUGCGGCGGCGGCGCUGGCUCCGGAUCCGCCACAGGGACACCGAGACACGGGACACGGACACCGACACGCUCAGCACCCUGGACCCCGAGGAGCUGUGGGAGGACGAGGCCUGGCACCCCGAGUGUUUUUGGGGCUGCCCCUUCCAGCCCAAGGUCCCGGCGGGUCCCCGGUGCCGCCGGCGCCGCUGGCAGCGCCGCCUGGUCCCCGCCGAGCCCCCGCCCGUGGCUCCGCUCUUCCUCCUCGGGGGGGUCCCGCAGGAGCGGGGGACAGCGGUGUCACCCCGGGCCAGCCCUGUCCCCUCCCGGGACAUCCAGGAGCCGGCCCAGGGCGAUCCCGGGCAGCUGCCGGGGGGCUCCUCCCUGACACCCCCGCAGCAGCCGCCCCUCUUCAUCCUCUGCAGCUUCCAACGGCCCGGCCGCUUCCAGCUCCGCUGUUACAUCUUCCAGGCGCUGGAUCUGGCGCCCGGCAGCUCCAGGACCCCCCUAGGUGUCACCGCGCAGGUGUCGUUCGUGUCCCUGAGCCAGCGCACGCGGGCGGUGCGGGGGGCUCCGGAGCCGCGCUGGGAGCAGACCCUGCUCUUCCCGGGGGUGCUGCUGUUCGGGGACCCCCGCGGGACACAGCAGGACCCCCCGGCUGUGGUGGUGGAGGUGUGCGAGCAGCGGGGACAGGGUGCCGGUGCUCUCCUGGGGAGGAGCGUGUGCCUCCCGCGGGUCUGGCUGGACGUGCGACACCGGGAGCCCCCCCGGCUCCAGCCUCACCCCCUGCACGGCCCGCGGGGCCCGGCCGGGGAGCUGCUGGCGGCCUUCGAGCUCCUCCACGAGUCCGAGGACGGGACCCCGGCCCCGCUCAGGCCCCCGCCCCUGAGGAGGAACUGCGAGUUCGGCUUCCCCCCGGAGCUGCGGCCGCGCCUGCAGAGGGUGGCGCUGGAGGUGCUGGCCUGGGGGCUGCGGGGGCUGCGCGGAGCCGUGCGGGAGCCGCGCCUGGAGCUGCAGUGGGGGGAGCAGAGCCUCUGGACCCCCCCGAUCCAGGACAUGGCCACCGACCCCAACUUCCCCAGCAACGCCUUCGUGCUCACCCUGGCGCUGCCCGAGGAGGAGCGGUUCGUGCCCCCCAUCCGCCUGCGCCUCUGGGCCGGCACCGAGCGGCGGCUGCUGCUGGGCCAGGCCAGCGUCAGGGACCUGGCGCGGUUCCGCUGUCCCCCGCCCCGUCCCGAGCGGCUCCUGGGCUCCGGCAGCGGCUCUCACACGGCUGUGGCAAUGCCAGAGGAUCUCCUCUCCCCGCCCGUCUCCUCCAGCCUCUGGAAGCGUUUCUGUUCCUUUCUCCUGGCCACAGCCCCAGCCAGGACGGCUCGGGUGAGUCCCCGAGGUCCCCGAGGUCCCCCGGGUCCCUGA